AUGAGUAAGAAAACCGAGGACAAACCUCUGAAGUUUGUUCUGCUGGGUGGGCCAUGUGUCGGUAAGUCCACUUUCGCAAACAACCUACACUCCCAGUACUUUAGAGAGACUUACUACCCAACACAUCGGUCCACGAUCCUGUUGUUCCCGUUCCAACCACAGGAGAGCAUCUCAAGGGCAUUGCUCGAUGAAGCUGGUGGCCUGGAGGGUAAAAGGGUGAUCUCGAAGGACACUGGCGUGCUGCUCUCGCCAACGAUCUUCCAGAGCUACAACAAGCACACCAACGAGGGCAGGAAAAGACGCAACAGCUCCUCCACCAAGUUGAAGAAUGGCUACUACUCGUACAAGUACACAGACCUGUCGUCGCCAGACUACGUGCCACCACAGAUAUCGCCCAUCCAGGUGGAGUUGAUCGACACGCCCCCGUUCAAGCCAGACUUGGUUGUUCCGUUCCUGGAGGUUUCGCUGUACAGAAACCUGGAUGAACAAGACUUGCACAAUCUGGCGAAUGAGCCUCGCAGACCUGUGUCUACAAACCCAUUGCUGGUUGCCAGUGGUGCUAGUGACCUGGAUGGUAAGGUGGAUGGCUACAUCUUUAUGUACAGUGCGGUUCCGACGUACAAUCCCCCCUCCUAUGACGAGGUGCUGGAGGACUCACCUCCAGCCAACGAAAGCGACACAUCGCUGUCAGUCUUGGAAAUCAUGAGAGGUGCCCUGCUGGAUGCCUGGAAGGAAUACCGGAACUACCAGAGCAAAUGGAAGAAGGGCAGUGAGGGCGACGUGUACUCGCUUGUCUAUGGUAUCAAGCAGCUGUGGAAGACCAAGUCUGCCGAGAGUGAGAGGAAGAAGAUUGAAGAGCUGAGAAAGAUCUCGUCCCACCUGGACGAGAUUGACAUUGAUGCUGGGUCGCCAGAGGCUCCACCUCCAAUGCUGGUUGUGUGUACGCAUGCCCACCAUGAGGGCCGAUCUGAGAAGCUGAUGCAAGAAGGGAAGGAACUUGCACAGAAGUGGAAGUCUUCGUUCAUAAUGCUCGAUAACGACACAGGGUACAACGUUGAAGAGACGUUGGCGUUGAUGAUCCGAGAGAUCGUUGAGAGGGAGAAGCUACAGAAGAGGAAGAAGUUCGGGCUUGUUUAG